AUGGAUAUGCAACAUUGUGCCUCGAGUGAUGCCGUCUGUUACCGCGAUGCCUACCGUGGCUCCCUCGAUGCCACCUCGCUCAUCCCCUGCUCCGAUUACGAUGCCUUCGACAGAAUAGGGACUGGGAAUUGGUACACCAACGCCCCUGGCAUUUACGCCGCCGAUCACGGGCCCGUAGCACCUCGCCCAUACCCUUGCCCAUCCUUUCCCGGUCCUCUGGCAUCAUCCCCUACCACUUGCUCGCCACCUUUUGUGCCUUCUUCGCCGACAGUUUCAACUCCGACAUCUUUUCAGCAGCGAUCACCGGGUCACUCGACUUCGUCGUCGAUGUUUGAUACAUAUAUGGACAAUUCGAUGUCGUGUGAACGACGGAGUGUACGCGAGGACCUCUCACCAUCAUCAGAAACAAGUAGUACAAGGGCAUACACGAGCUCGUCGAAUGAAUCAACGCCAGAAAAAUUAGAUGGCCUAACAAAAGACCUGAAUGGCGAUGGUUGUCGAGCCAAGAGAAAGCCUUACUCCAAACUCCAGCUCAUCCAUCUCGAAGACGAGUUCAAGCGUAGUAUGUAUCCCUGCCGUGAGCGCCGUGCAUGGCUCUCUCAAGUCCUCGAACUGACCGAACGCCAGGUUAAAAUCUGGUUUCAAAAUCGACGCACGAAGCUUCGGCGUACAGUCGAACGAGAGCAGCGAGAGAACGAGCAAAUGCAACGGGACAUGGCGGACUUAGCAAUGAGAUUCUAUGUACCCCAGUAA